AUGAAUCUUUACAUUGAGGGAUCGAAAGUUCUGCACAAAGUUUUAGAAAAGCACGGGGCAAUCAAAAACCUUGUAUACACUUCCCAAUAUGAGAAUAAGCCCCAACUGCUUGGUCUGGUCUGCGAGACACUGAAAUAUGGUACCUUGCUGCAGCAAAUAGUGGAUAGCACCAAACUCCUGACUAAAGAGCGCCUAUUAAAGGGAGACAACCUCCUUGCUCAGACUCUUGUCCAUGAUUUUGUGGUUGGUCGUGAAAUCAGACAAGCAGGAAGGCUGAAGCAAGUCAUAACUCGUAAUCGUGCUGCACUGACAAAGAAGUAUGACUCUAUGCUGGCUAAUGCUGGAGUUUCAUCAUGGGAUCAACUUCUGCCUCAGAGUGUGACUUCAUUUGCGGGCACCUUACCAAGAUAUGUGAGGAUCAACUUGUUGAAGUCGUCUGUAUCAGAAGUGACCAGUACUUUAAAAUCCGAGGGCUGGGAACAAGUUGUCACUCCUACCAAGGACGCAGAGAGUUUCAGGGACACAGUGGCUAGUCUACAGGAGCACCAGUUCCUUCAGGACCCUCAUCUGUUCGACCUCCUCGUUUUCCCUCCACGAACAGAUUUCCAUGACGACCACCUGCUGACAUCUGGGAAGAUCAUUUUACAGGAUAAGGCCAGUUGCUUCCCUGCCCACGUCCUUUCCCCACCAGAGGGCUCCACCAUUUUUGACUGCUGUGCUGCCCCCGGUAACAAAAGCAGCCAUGUUGCCAGCCUGAUUAAUAAUAAUGGCACAGUAUUUGCUUAUGAUAAGGAUGGUCGCCGGAUGGCUACGCUCCAGGGUAUGAUGAGGAAGGUGGGAGUAACAUGCGUCAUUCCAGGCUGUCAGGAUUUCCUCAAGGUGGAUGCCCAUGAUGACCGAUUUAAGGAUGUGGAGUAUAUGCUGGUCGACCCAUCUUGCAGUGGCUCUGGUAUCGUUAACAGAAUGAACGAAGCAAUAGAUGACCAGUCAUCAUCAUCUUCUAAGAGACUUGACUCCUUGUCAAACUUUCAGGUGACAAUGCUGAAACAUGCAAUGACUUUCCCAAACCUUAAACGACUUGUGUAUUCAACUUGUUCUAUUCAUCUCGAAGAGAAUGAAGAAGUCAUCAAGGAGUUGGAAACCAUUGUUGACGGGAGGUUCAAAGUGUGUAAGGUGUUUCCUGAUUGGCCAAAGAGAGGUCUCCCUGGUUAUGACAGUUCAGACUGUUUUCUACGAAUGUCACCUGAACACUCACUAACCAAUGGGUUCUUUGUAGCCUGUUUUGAAAGGAUUGAAACAAGCCCAGACAUUCCCAGAAAGGUGCUCAAAGAGAAGAAGAAAAAAAAGAAGAGGAGUGAUGUGUCAAGCAAGGAACAAGGAGUACUGUCUGAUAAUGAAAUCUCUAUCACAUCAGGGAAAAAGAGGAAGUGUGAAGAAAGCAUGGAAAAAAGCGAGGAAAGUUUUAAUGUGGAAAACACAACAAAAAAGCAUAAACAUGGAGAAAGUGAACCUGACAUCAAACAGAAAAAGAAGAAACACUGUCAUACAAUAAAAGUUACAGAGGAUCAGGAUCAAGUGGACAAUCUUAGUGUUUGUGUAAACGGAAAUCUUACAAGUCAGGAAAAUAAUGAGGACAGCAAGCGGGAUAGGGUCAAAAAGCACAAGAAAAAGCAUAAACAGGAUUUAGAUAUUAGUGCUUGUUCUGUUGAUGAUUUUAUGGAGGCAGCAGAAUCGGGAAAGGAAGACAAUUCAGAUGUAGUGAAAAUCAAAAAACACAAGAAAAAGCAUAAAAAGAAGGAUUUACAAACUGGUUCUCAUUCUGGUGGGGAAUGUAUUGAAGCCAAUGAAACGGUAGAGGACAUGUCACAUAGUGUCAAAAAACACAAGAAAAAACAUAAACAGAAAGAUUUAGCUGAGAAGUAUGAUUCUAUAGAAACUCAGACAGAAGUUUCACACCAUAAAAAGAAAAAGAAACACAAACAUAGGAAAGAUUAACAAAACAUUCCACCUAAGGGUUAAGGAGUAUUCCUCACAUACAGCUUCCAUUUCAUUCUAAAUGUUCCAUCUUUAGAUAUGUUCCCACUGCUUAGAAAUUAGUGAUUGUUUUUCAGAAUAGGAAUUGUUUUGGGCUAUUCAAAUUACCUUACGUUCAUUGUCUGUCCAUAAACAAUCUUUGUUGUCACUAUUUCUUGGAAAUAAGUGCC